AUGUCCUUGGUUUGUCUGCCUGGAGAAGACUUAAGUACACGAAUACCAAAAGAAAAUACAAAGAUCAUUGGCUACGGAAUAGGUCGUGAUCCCAACUCGGAUAUUUUGGUUGCUCGACAGCCGGGAAUCUUCAAGCAUGAAGGAGAGAAGUGUUGGAUAAGUGUACAUUCCAAAAGGUACGUUGCUGAGAAGGGGGAUCGAGUAAUUGGAAUUGUGACUGGAUCCGCAGGCGACUUUUACAAGCUUGAAAUUGGAACGCCCGAGAAUGCGACGAUAUCAUUUUUGGCGUUCGAAGGAGCAACAAAACGCAAUCGACCUGAUUUGAAAAUUGGUGAUGUGGUGUACGCUCAGUGGUUCUACGCCACGGGACCAGGUCCAGAAUUUCUUGACAAGGGAGCCGUAUUUGCCUCUGUGGAGAAGAAAUGUUAUGGACGAAUUCGCUCAUGCAGAUGUGGAGCUGACAUGUGUCGAUGCAGUUUCAAGAGCACGAGGAUUAGGAGUUCUGUCUGGCGGCUUUUUGUUCAAAGUAAUUGCUUGAAUCGUGAUUUGAAAUUUCAAAAAUUUGUUUCGCAUUUGAAUGCUUUAUCAAGGGGAGGGAUGGUAUCCAGCAGUCUGGUAGAGCAACGCCAGGCUGAAGACAAAGCUGCGUGGGAUGCCUACUGGCAGCUACGUGACCUCGACUCUCGCGGAACAAUCUUCCCGCGAAUGAGAUACUAUGCUCACAAGGCAUUUGAUGCUCCUGCCACAUGGUUUAGAGAAACAGUUGUUCAACCCAUCAAUAAUAGGAAUCGCUUGCCAUAUUACCAGCGUAAAUUGACUCGAGUGCCUGAAAUUGACGAGUGUGGUGUGAACGAUAAGGCAUGUUUCUUCGAAGCCAAUGAACAAUAUCGUCUCGAUAAGAUGGUUGACGGCUUCAUCCUUCAAACCCUUCGUCACCGUGUUGACCGCUGCUUGAAUUACCAUAAUCCGGACUACUCCCCAUGUGCCAAGGUCAUUGAGGAUCUAGAAGAGAAUGAGCUGAACUUCUUUAUAAAGUACGGUGAAUUGGGCUCGGAAGCCGAUGUUCGUGAUGCGUACAUGAAGCAGAAACACAGGCUUAUUUGGGAACGACGUCAUCCCGAAAUCAUGGAGGAACGACAGAGGGCGAUUAGAGAGCACAAGGAGAAACUAGCAAAGGGCGAAUUCGACUACUCCUUCUGGAAGAAGGGUAUGUUCUAUCAGGACAAGAAGAAGUACGAGCCUCCAUAUGAGUUCUACUUGUCGAAAUCAACUCUCGAAGGAGAUAAACCGUUAUCGAAAGACUGGGAGUACUACAAAAAGGUCGCACAAGAUCCGGAGUUUGACAAACAGCAAGGGAAGACAUCCUCGUUCAGUUUGUUCUAG